AUGAUUGGAUUUGUCUACAUAUCAUCCGUCAUCGAUGGCGACGAAAACGUGCCCUCGACGAGAUCAGGACUCGCCACUCUCUACAGAGAAGCAAUGAACGCAUCCAGGCUGCUGGUAGUCUCAAGACUAUCAAACCAGAAGGUUCUUCCAUGGAUGGUUUCGUCAACCGGAGCUGUCCGAUGCUUCGAUACCGUCUCCGUAAGUCAAAAGCUCUCACUACACCGGCAUGCCAAUAUGCCGAUUCUAAUGCACGUCUUCUUGUGGGAUCAAUCGUUGGUUUCCAGAGGUUUUAGCAGUGUCAGGCAGUGGUUUCCCUCUACAUCUGCGUUACCAUUGCCCCCUGAGGUUAGAUUAGCACACCAACCUAACGACAAUCAAAUGCUGCCUUUGCCACCUGAUGAACCACAUGGAAGCAUACCCUUAAGCGAGCAGCCGGACCACCGGUUACAGAGGGACACUGCCGGGGAGGUGUCGUUCAGAUUUCAUGAUUUUUCACUUGCUAACAACUGGGUAUAAUUUUUCAUUCCCUGCUUCACUGUGUAUAUAGCAGAAACUUUUACCAGUAGAGGAGUUCGUUGAUCGGAUCUAGUUACAUUAUGUUAGGCAGCUUGAUCUUGAAAAUAAACACGUAGAUAGUUAUAGUUCAGAGUUCAG